AUGGGGGCGCCUCACGUGCACAGUGCGAGGGGCAGCCGAGUCGCCUGCUCCAUUUUCCCCGCCCAGGACGCGGAGCCACCUGUCCCAGACCCCCCGCGACCCGGGGGGCCGCAGGGGCGCCCUCCGCCCAAGGCCGUGGGUCCUCCGGGAACGCGCGCCGGGGCGGGGACAGGGCCUGCCCGGGAGCCACAUCCGGGGCGGGGCCAGGUGAGUCGCAGGUCGAGCCCAGGUUCCCAGAGCCAGCCUCUGGGAAAGAAGUCCCAGGAUCUGUUAGGAGAGGAAGCCAGGCGGGAGGGGGAGUUCCUGGGCAGCCUGGCCAAGACUUGUUUUGUGGUGGAGGCUGGGCUGAUUCUGGAGAAGGAACGCUACCCUAUUGGGGACGACCACUUUGGAAGGAAAGUCAUCACCUUCAGCUGCUGCCGCCUGCCCCCGUCUCAUGAGCUCAACCACAAGCGGCUAUUGGAGUAUCUGAAGUACACACUGGACCAGUACGUGGAAAAUGACUACAGCCUCGUGUACUUCCACUGUGGGCUGAACAGCCGAAACAAGCCGUCCCUGGGCUGGCUGCAGAGCGCCUACAAGGAGUUCGACCGGAAGUACCGUAAGAGAAUAAAUGCCCGUUUGUUAAGCCAUCCACUUGUGGUGUGUGUGGUAUGGUCAGUCUCAGGCCCGAUCCUUUCUCAUAAGUCUUUGAAAGAGCACUGUCCUCGGGGUGAACAUUCAUUAAAUGAGCUACGUUGUCAUUUGCCCGGCUGGCACCCACAGGUGACAGCCCCCCCUUGUGUCUACAGGUAUGACGAGAAGCUGCAGAACCCGCACAGGGGCAAGCCGCCCCCUCCAACCAAGACGCCACCGCCACCGCGGCCUCCCCUGCCCACCCAGCAGUUUGGCGUCAGUCUGGAAUACCUCAAAGACAAAAACAGAGGUGAACUCAUCCCCCCUGUGCUACAGCUCACAGUGACGUACCUGAGGGAGAACGGACUCCGCACCGAGGGCCUGUUCCGGAGAUCGGCCAACAUCCAGACCGUCCGUGAGAUCCAGAAGCUCUACAACCAAGGGAAGCCCGUGAAUUUUGACGACUACGGGGACAUCCACGUGCCCGCUGUGAUCCUGAAGGCCUUCCUCCGAGAGCUGCCACAGCCGCUGCUGACCUUCGAGGCCUACGAGCAGAUCCUACAGAUCACCAGUGUAGAGAGCAGCCUGCGUGUGACCCACUGCCGCCAGAUCCUGCGCGGCCUCCCCGAGCACAACUACGCCAUCCUCAGCUACCUCAUGAGCUUCCUGCAUGUGGUGAGUGGCGGCUGGCACGGCUUUGGGUCUCUGUCCUCCAUGUCAAGGCCUGUGUCCCUAAACUGUUGA